AUGAGAGCGACGGAAGGAAAAUACGGGCUAUCGGUAGCUAUCGGAACUAAGGGCUUUAGGAGCCGUAGCGGUGCAGCAGGUCGUCUUCUCGUUUGUGCUGUCCUGGCCAUCACCGUUUGCCUUCAACCCUGCGAUGGUGCUCAAAUACUCUCCGUGAAUGUGUUCCCAGGUCGCAGCCACUGGAUGAUGAUCAGUGCCAUUCUGGAGGGGUUGCUUGAUCGUGGCCAUGAAGUGACCGUCAUCACGAACUAUCCUCGUAAAGAGCCACACCCAAAUCUUACCGAAAUAGUGAUUGCUCCCAUCUACGACUUUUGGGGGAAAUCGGUAAAGGUGGACUCGCUGUACGAUUUGACUGACAUUUCGAUACACCAGAUGCUGAUGGAUUUCCUAUACCCCUUGGGACUUGAGACGGCCGAGUAUGCAUUUUCGCGGAAAAACGUGAUGAACUUUCUGCGCAACGAUCGGACGCAGUUUGAUCUGCUGUUAGCAGAGCAGUUUUAUCAAGAAGCGUACCUGAUGCUAGCACAUAAGUACAAGGUGCCGAUCGUGUCGAUAGGCACAUUUGGGUUCGCUCAGUACAUGGGACCAAUGAUGGGUCUGAUGAACGCCUGGUCACAUGUUCCACACGAAUUUCUGCCCUACACCGACCACAUGACGCUGCCUCAGAGGGCGUAUAACUCUCUCGUCAGUACAUACGAGCUUCUACUGCGCUCGUGGUAUUAUCUUCCCCAGCAAGAAGCGAUGGUUGCGAAGUACUUUUCGUUUCUUCCUGGACCACUGCCUAGUUUGAGCGAACUCGAGAAGCAGGUGUCGGUAAUUCUGUUGAACAGCUACCCUCCACUAACUACAACUCGUGCCAAAGUGCCUGGGCUGGUGCAGGUCGGUGGUUUACACAUCAAGCCUCCAAAGCCCCUACCGCAAGAUCUGAAAACGUUCAUCGACGGAGCGAAGGAUGGCGUGAUUUACUUCAGUCUCGGUACGAACCUUCGUUCGGCUGACCUCCCACCGGAGAAGUUGGCCGUUAUUUUGAAGGUGUUUGGUGCGAUGAAGCAACGUGUCGUGUGGAAGUUUGAGGACGAACGCAUCCAGAACCUGCCAUCGAACGUGAUGGUGCGCAAUUGGUUGCCACAGAGUGAUAUCCUCGGACACCGCAACGUCAAGGUGUUCAUCACCCAUGGAGGUCUACUAGGCACGCAGGAGGGUGUUCACCGGGCCGUUCCCAUGGUGGGUAUACCCAUCUACUGCGAUCAGCAUCUGAACAUGAACAAAGCCACUCUGGGUGGGUACGCCGUGAAGCUAUACUUUCCCAACAUAACCGAAGAGUCUUUCCGGUGGGCUCUGGAGGAGGUAUUGUACAAUCCGAGCUACAAGGCGAACAUGAAGAGGGUUUCACAGAUCUUCCGCGAUCGACCGGUGCCUGCGUUGGAGGAAUCCAUCUACUGGAUAGAGUAUGUGAUACGCCACAAGGGAGCUCCACAGUUGCGAUCAGCUGGGCUUGACUUACCGUGGGUGAGCUUUGCUUUGCUUGAUUUGAUAGGACUAGCGGUGGUUGUUCUUUUGGUGGUGUUGAUUGUGUUCCGGAAGAUUGCCGCGAGAUUGUUUGGUGUUCGAAAGGGAAAAUCGAAAAGGAAACAUGAAUAAUAUGAGAUGAAUUGAUGAUAGCUAAAUUUAGAGGCCAAACAAAUAAAGAGCCCUGGA